CAAAUUAUGUCCUCACCACAGUCACAGGAAAACCAAAAGAAAAAAAAAGACGAACCGAGAAAAGAAUCGAAUAGAGAUAGAGAAGAGCAACAGAAGACAACAAAGAGGAAGUCGGAACCAAUGAAUUUUGAAGGCUAUGUGAGUGAAGAUGAUGGAAUGAUAUUAGGAGAAGAUUUAACUGUACAUGAAGAAGACCCCGUGGGUAUGGAGAUGGGUGCAGAUGAAGACACCAAGAUAUUGAUAGAAAAUUCUGUAGGGACUCUUGGAAGUGAGGAUGGAGAGAUGGUUGGGAUUUCGGAUGGAGGAGAUAUAACUGUAAAUGAAUUGAACGGGAACAAUGAUGAACCGCAUAUAGGUAUGGAGUUUGAAUCUGAAGAAGCAGCUAAGAUAUAUUAUGCUACAUAUGCUACGCGGGUUGGUUUUAUUACUCGAGUUGGUAAUUGUCAUCGUUCAGGUCGUGACAAUUCUGUUAUAAGUCGGAGAUUUCUUUGUAACAAGGAAGGUUUCCGACUGAAUAGCAACAACAUAAAGCGACUUGAAGGCAGAAAGCCUCGAGCAAUUACGAGGGAAGGUUGCAAGGCGAUGAUUAUGGUUAGAAAAGAAAAGUCGGGGAGGUGGAUCAUCACAAAACUUGAGACUGAGCAUAGUCAUCCAUUAGGGAUCCCAUCCAACAAGAAUCGCCGUGUUUCUGUUCAGGCUCGGCCACAGGAUGAAAAGGAUAAGAAAAUUCGAGAAUUAUCUGCGGAACUUCAUCGUGCAAAUCAACAAUUAGCAGAUUGCCGGCAACAACUAGACAUGAUAUUGAACGAUAUUGAACAACACACGAAUCAUUUAACGAAAAGUGUUGAAAAGGUAGUUGAGCAAGUAAAGGAACUUGAAGAUGAAGACCAAGAUUAUUUUUCUUACCAUAUUAGCAACUAGGUGUGGUUUAUUUUUUCCGACCAUUCCUUUUUGAGUUGUCUAUUCCCAUGAGUCCUUUGAUCUUUAUUCACAACGCUUGAUGAAUGGGAAACCUAAAGGUCCUUGCCAUGCUACACUCAAAUCCAAAUUUUCAUGCAGGACCUGGUUUUGUAGUUUUUUUAAGUUUAUAUCUCCCGCUCACAAAGAGGAUUUCCCUUCCUGGAAUUAAGAAUGGUUCCUGAGAGAUUUGAGUUCUACUUCAAAUUGGAUUGGUAUUUGAAGAUCUAGAUGGAGAAAGAUUGAUCUACGUGAGUAGGAUUACAUGAUAGAUUAGUUCUGUAUUAUAUAGGGAAAAUAAAACUAAAUUUGAAAUUUUGAUUAUUUUAGUUUUCUCGCAUCAGUUAUGAUGUUGGUCUUGUUUCACCCUUCUUUAUAACUUUUCUUAAUCCAUUAUCCCGGACCAUUGGCAGAGGA